AUGGAUAGUCUUCAUCCUGACUCAGCUGCAGCCAUGACAGCUCACCGUCGUGAGGCGGUUCGUCUUGCCCGGGAACAACAGCGAGCAGUUGAGGAGAAGUGCAAAAGAUCCAAGCAGCUUGAGCCUGACUAUGCUUUUGAUGAGUUGAUCGGUAAAGGUAGCUUUGGUAGAGUGUACAAAGGACGUCAACUUUCCACUUCCAAGGUUGUUGCUAUCAAAGUCCUUGACGUCGAUGAAGCGGAUUUUCAUGCCUUUGGCGAUCAUAAGGACGAACAGAUCCGAGACUUCAACCGAGAAAUCAGGAUCCUGCGGCAAGCUCAAGAGAGUGGAGCAGAAAACCUCAACCAAAUGAUCGAAGCUUUGCCCGUGCAUAGUCAACUGUGGCUGGUUUGUGAAUACUGCCCUGGCGGCAGUGUCAAGACCCUGAUGCGAGCUACCAACGACAGACUUUCUGAAAAGUACAUCAUAAUUGUCGCACGGGAAUUAGCAAAGGCUCUGAAAGGUCUUCAUGAAGCAGGCAUCAUGCACAGGGAUGUUAAAGCUGCCAAUGUUCUCAUCCACCAAGAAGGUCGCCUUGAACUGUGUGACUUCGGGGUUGCCACAAUCCUUGAUACGCAAACAGACAAGCGAAAGACAUUCAUAGGAACUCUGCACUGGAUGCCACCGGAGCUGUGGACGGAAAAUCCAGAGUAUUCAGAUGAGGUCGACGUGUGGGAAUACGGCUGCACAAUCUACGAAUGUGCAAUGGGACGGCCGCCGAACAGCGAUCUACGCGAACGUCAACAACUCAAGAUGAGGAUGAGACGCCUGAAGCAGGCAAUCUCUCUCCCAGAAAAUGAGACUUUCAGUGACGGUCUACGCUCACUCGUCUCGUAUUCACUUACUCCUGAUGCUACUACGCGACCAUCGAUGAAGGAUGUUUUACAACACGAUUUCCUGCGAGACACGGAAGAAACGCACCCAACACACAUGCUCACCGAGCUCGUUCAAACGUAUUAUGCAUGGCUGUUCAGUGGCGGCCAGAGAAUCUCUCUGUUCAUGCCCGGUGGCGCAGCGGCUGCUUCUACCCAGGAUCCCGACGCCGACAUUGACUCUGACGACGAAUGGAACUUUAGCAUGACUCAAGAUUUCGAAAAACGCGUCUCUGCAAUCUUGGAGAUACCCGAUUUCUCGAAUUUAUCUCCCAAUGAAAUCAUGACCGGAGAAGAAACACCCAAAGGCUUGACCAGACCCAGCGGUCUUUCACCCCCAAAGGAGAUGACAGCAGCUCAAAAGGCCAACUUUGAAGCCCGCGUCAAACGAGGAGCAGACCUCUCCAACCUUUUUGACCAGAACAAGCCUGCAUACGAAUACAAGACCAAGACCGAUUUCAUUCCGAUCCCGGAACAACGUCGAAUAUCCGACUUACCAUUUCGAGCAAUGGCAGAAGACCGGCCCAGCUCUAUCGCAUCCAACGUCAUUGAUCUCGGAGACUUUGAUGAAGCCGACUACGCAGUCGCAGCUGCCCCAAGAACUGACGACAAAAUCCAGACCGCUUACGCUGCGACGCCCAUGAAAGAAGAGACCAUCAGACUUGCGGAUGCAUCUACACUUCGAGAGAAGCGGGCCAAUUCUAAAGGCCCCCGAGAUCCCAAUACCCAAUCUCUUACCGCCAGAAGAGCCUCAUCCGCAGAGGUUGUUGCACCGCCAAGCACGUCCGCGCAUGACUUUGCGAUGUCUCAAGAGGAAUGGACUGUUAAGAACAGAACAAAAGCCCCUGAGCUGCAAGAGCCGGCUGAAAUCACAUCUUCCCGACCCGGUCACGCGACAAUGGACUGGUCCUUUGCAAGCGCGAUGUCCGAGGCUGCAAUGACCAUCCCACAAAUCAACGUCCCAUCCGAAGAAGAUUCAACUGGCAGUCAUGAUAUCCCAGGCCCACCAGAAGAGGGGGUCGAGGUAGGAGGUAAUCUUGACCAAAAAACCAAGAAACACAACACAAUGGACUGGUCUUUCUCUUCCGCCAUGGCUGAAGCAAAAGUUGCCGACGACUAUGAAGAGCAAGAAAUCGUGGAAUCGUCUCCUCCAUCCGCCACUUUUACAUCCCAGAAGCCUGCCACCGCGUCUAGACCGACACCUACUCGUCCAGCCCCGUUAGCUCGCCAAAUGACCAUGCCGGUCACGAUCGGCGACUUUGUACAAGCUGAAGAACAGGAGAUCCCUCGACCCUCGACGGCACUAUCUGAAGCGUACAGUGACGUUUCAGCCUCGUCCACGGACGUGGAUCCCUUCGGCCUUGAGCGCGACGAUGACGAUGGAGAUCAUCCGGGGCCUGCAACGAUGGAUGAAGACGUCAACAUGGGUGGGUUUUACUCGGGGAGAGGAAGGACGAUGCUCUCCGGGUAUUCCUCGGCAACAACCACGCCAUUGACGGCAUCCGGCCCGCGUCCGGCUCCUUAUGCUUUGGGACGACCGGCGCGUAUUGGCGAAGACGGCUUUCCUGGCCCAAGCCACUCCCACCCAGCAGCAACCAACAUGCACCGGGCCUCGAAUUCUUCUGUCACGUCGAAUGUAACGGCGAUUCCGGCGGGUGGUGUGCACGGCCCCCUCGUCGCCUUCGUCCCGCCUGCAUCUCCUCCCAGCACGGCUGCGAUGUCCGCCAACGCCUCGAAUGAGGAGGUUGAGGUGGAGUUGAUGCGCCUGCUGGAGGGGAUGCAGGGGACGUUGAACGCGGCGAGGGAGGUCGUGGGUGGGCUUGAGAGGAGGAGAGCGAGGGGGGAGGAGGAAGAAUGGGUGUCUGAGGAGGAAUAA